CGUCAUCAUCGUGCGCGAGGACCGGGAAAGAAGGCUAAUUCGAAAUUGCGACGGAAUAAAACCGAGAGGAAUAUGUUCAGUCCAUCUGAUUAAAAUCGGAAAAACAAACAAACAACGUUUCUCUGCACACUGAAGAUGGCAGCCGCUGCUAAGACCCCUCCGGGCGCCGACCCCAAACAGCUGGAGCGCACGGGGACGGUCCGCGAGAUCGGAUCUCAGGCCGUGUGGUCGCUGUCGUCCUGCAAGCCCGGGUUCGGAGUGGACCAGCUGAGGGACGAUAAUCUGGAGACGUACUGGCAGUCAGACGGCUCUCAGCCUCACCUUGUCAACAUCCAGUUCAGGAGGAAGACGACGGUGAAGAUGCUCUGCAUUUACGCCGAUUAUAAAUCAGACGAGAGCUACACUCCCAGCAAGAUCUCCGUCCGGGUCGGGAACAACUUCCACAACCUGCUGGAGAUCCGGCAGUUGGAGAUGGUGGAGCCGAGCGGUUGGAUCCACAUCCCGCUCCUGGACCUGGUGAACAACCCCAUCAGGACCUUUAUGAUCCAGAUCGCGGUGCUGGCCAACCACCAGAACGGCCGAGACACACACAUGCGCCAGAUCAAAGUCUACACCCCUGUGGAGGAGAGCUCCAUUGGCAAAUUCCCACGAUGCACCACGGUCGACUUCAUGAUGUACCGCACCAUCAGGUGACCCGAAGCUCCAGCUGGUCCGUGAGAUACGACGGGUCCUGAUGAUACACACCUCGUCUCCCUGACUGUUCGAGUGUUCUUUUUAACAGGGUGGUUGUUGUUUUUUUUUUAGCUUUAUCCUGAAUUGUCUUCACUGUAAAGUAUGUCUUCAGAAUGUUUACUGUACAGAUAAUAAAAUAGAUUUUAGUUUUGUUCUG